UAUUAAUGGCAUCGAAUAAAAAAGAUCAGAUAAAAGUAGAAGGUAUACAUGGUAGAUAUGGGAGAUUUAGAGAUAAUAGAAAUCAGAAUGAUAAGGACAAGGUAUGUUUAAUUGUUAUUUUAGCAUUAAGUACCCUUCUUAGUUAGAACACAUUGGAAAUAUGGAUAAAUUACUUUAGAAGACUUCAACAAAAAUUAAACUUAAGAAAUACUACUUUAUCUAUUGUAAUAAUUAUCCACAUAGAAAUUGUUAGCUUGAGUUCUAAAUUGAGAGACAUUGUGGAUCAAUUAAAAUAUCAAUUGGACGGAGUUUACCGAAGAGAUAUUAUGUUUAGAGUGAGCAAUGUCUAUCUGGAUUAACAUGGAGUUCAAAAGAAAAAGGAUUUGGGAUAAGUCCAUUCUGUGAAGUCUGGAAAGGAAGAUGAUUCAGAUCUAAAAGAUCAUGGUUUUAAGAUAGGAGAUAUUUUAAUGGUUGAAAUUGAAACGAAGAGUUAAAAUAAACAGCCCAUUUCAUAAAUAGCUAAAGAAUGAUAAAUUUUAUAUAAUAAAUUAAUUUAACAGAGUACAA